AUGGAAAGGAAGAAAAUUAGGAAAAUUGGUGGCGUUGGCGGAGUUUCAGAUGUUCCUCAUGACUUAGCGGUCGAAGUCCUCAAGAAGCUUCCAGCCAAGUCUCUCAUGCGAUUUAAGUGUGUGUCAAAACUCUGGCGCUCAACAAUCGAUGACCGUCGCUUUUCGAACGAUCACCGAGCUCUUUCCUGUUCUCGCACCAGCGUGCUUUUGAUAUAUCCUAACAGAGACAGCGACAGACACAUCAAUUACUUACACUUGUUCAACACAGCCUUCCUGGGCCAUAAAAGCGGACCAGUUCUCAAUCACCACUUUACUGUGUCCCUGUUGGAGUACACUAGAUUUACGGAGGUCAUUAACGGCCUUUUUUGUUUGUACGGUGAUGAUCGCCUCUCUCUCUGCAACAUCUCUACUCAUGAAAUUAUGGAUCUUCCUCCAAUACGUUGUUCCAAUUACUUUUUUGGGUUUGAACCUAUUGCUAAGGAAUACAAGGCAAGUCUUAACAUUCGGUUCUUGCUUGCCAUGAUUAAUAGACUAAGCAGACCAGAGGUUCACGUCGAGUUGGCGGCAAUGACAGCUAACAAAUCUCAUUGGGUCCCAAUUGGAUGA